AUAGUGGAUUUUGUAUUUGCCCUAUUAGUGCUGUGAUAGUACUUUUUAUUUUAUUUUGGCCUUAUACAGUAGCUUAAAUAAAAAUGUAUGUAUAUAGAUCUCAAACGUUGAAUCAAAAUAAGUUUAAAAUAACUCAAAUCUCUCUCCCUUUCUCUCUCUCUCUCUUUCUGUCAGACACACGCACAAACACACAAUGAAGCAGCAAUGAAAAGGGGACUGGACCAAUUUUGGGUUAUGGCUUAAAAUACUUGUUUUUUUCCUUUUGGUAACUACUUCUGUGGUUUUUAACAGGUACUGUGCAGAGUUCUGACUCUGCUGACAGACGGAUUCACAGAUAAAGGAUCAUCACAUGGAAUAAAACACGUAUCCUGUAUAUCACUUUGAGGUUGAAUUCAUCCUUAUUUCAUUUAUUUGUACCUUUCAUUUAUUUAGUAAAUAAUUUUUUGUUUUUCCAAGAACUGCAACGGCCUAGCCAUGCUUCCCUUCUCUGUUGUCCUUCUCCUGCUGUGUGCCACCCCUCUUCCCACCGCCUCUGUGGCCCUGCCCUUUGAGCAGAAGGGCUUAUUGGACUUUGGGAAGAGCAUCGAUGUAGAGGGGCUGAUGAUGAUGAUGAUGAACGAUGAAGAGGAAGGCUCAGCGGUUGAGGAAUACUCUAAACCAGAACAGCCUACUUGCCCAUUCGGCUGUCAGUGUAACCAGAAUGUUGUGCAGUGCUCUGACUUGGGUUUACACUAUGUGCCAUAUGACAUCCCCCCGGAGACCAGGCUCCUGGACCUUCAAAGCAACCAGAUCACUGAGAUAAGAGAGAAUGACUUCAAGGGACUCAGUAACCUCUAUGCUCUGGUGUUGGUGAAUAACAAAAUCUCCAGGGUGCACCCUCGGGCCUUCAUGCCCCUCAAAAGGAUGCACAAGCUCUACUUCUCCCACAACCAGCUGACGGCCGUGCCCAAGAACCUGCCCUCUUCCCUGGUGGAGCUGCGCAUCCACGACAACCAUAUCAAGAGGGUGGCAUCUGGGGCUUUCUCUGGCCUGCGCAGCAUGAAUUGCAUUGAGAUGGGGAGGAAUCCUAUUCAGAACAGUGGUUUUGAGCCCGGAGCCUUUGAUGGACUUAAACUUACCUUCCUUCGCAUUUCUGAGGCAAAACUCACAGGCAUCCCUAAAGAUCUCCCUGAGGGUCUACAUGAGUUGCAUUUGGAUCACAAUCAAAUUCAAGCCAUUGAACUAGAAGACCUAAGACAAUAUGAGAGUUUGCACAGGUUGGGUCUAGGCUACAAUCACAUUCGUCACAUUGAGCAUGGCAGCCUGUACUACCUGCAAAACCUGAGAGAGCUGCAUCUAGAGAACAACCGGAUCCCCAAUGUCCCUGGAGGCCUUGCUGGAAUGAAGUACCUGCAGGUAGUCUACCUUCACUCCAACAACAUCAGCCAGGUUGACGUGAAUGACUUCUGCCCUAACGGCUUUGGUGUCAAGAAGACUUACUACAACGGGAUCAGUCUCUUUGAUAACCCAAUCAACUACUGGGAGGUGGUGCCGGCCACCUUCCGCUGUGUCAGCAACAGGAUGGCUGUACAGUUUGGCAACCACAAAAAGUAGUGCAUGAGAGGCACCAGCUGUAGGGUAAUACAUGCAACUCAGAUACAAAAUAAAUAACUUUGUUACACAGUUAAAAAACAAUUUAUUGAUAGAAAGAGCCUGAUGUAUGGUAAAAGAUAAAUAACUAAAACAUAACUGAAGUUUGUUUUGCAUGCAUGGAGUGGGUGACAUUGUAUAUUGGAAAGAAAUUGGUCAUCCAUAUCAUUUCAAUCAACCAAUCAAAUGUAUUUUAAUACAAUUCUUUUUGAUGUAUGUUACUUUCAAUUCAGCUGGUCUAUAGCAAUUUGGGAUUCUCUGUGAUUUUGUUUUUUUGUUUGUGUUUUAUCUCAACUUACCUCUGAUCUGACAACUGAUCUCAAAUAUUGGAUAUAGAAGAACAAUACAAACUGACAGUUGAAAGCACCUUCAGAAGAAUCUCUCUUAUAAAUGUUGUUGAAAAAAUGUUGUUGUCAUGAUGUGUUUGCAGAAUAUUGAAGAUUAUUUAGAAUAUGUUUUGCAUACCCUUUAUUGAAAUCUUGAACAAAUGAAUGUCAUGUCGUGGAAAUUCUACACAGGGACACAAACUCAAUCUUAAAUUAAUCCUUUUUUUAUUAACAGCAUGCUGGAGAGGUCACAGUCAAACUUAGAUGCAUAAAGUAUCGGCCUGAAGUGAGCUCCGCUAGGGCUGUCCCGUUAAAUCGCUUAUAUAAUUACACAGACAAGUUAUAUUUGCAUGAUUUAGCUUAUUCAUCAUUCAUAAUUAAUUCAUAAUUAAUGUUUGGUUCAUUCAUGUGACUGACCAAUACCUCACGAGGCUUCUUCUCUCCAAGCUGAGACCUUGAAACUGAGAUAUCCCUUUCUCAAAACAAGGUUCUGGGCGUACUGCCAAAUUGCAGAUACUGAUAAUGAGGUUUCGUUCAAUCAGUCACAUGCAUGAACACAGAAAUUGGUUAUUAGAAAAGCACAACCAAUAAAAUGUUCCAUCACAGUCAUAAGAGGGGUCUUAUUUCUCACUCUCCCUGUUUCAUUAGGCCUACACUAUAAUCAGAGCCGGCUGCAGACAAUGAUCAGCUAGGCUAGGGAGACAUUAUAUUUUCAACAUCUUGAUGCCAUGUUUAUAAUUAUAUUAAAUAUAUGCGACACAUUUUUCAAACAACCAAUAAACAAAGCAUACCGACUUUGGGUGCUUCAAUAUCAUAGUUUGCGUUUUCAACACCACAAUAAAUAGGCUAUGUAAAUCUCGACUAACGGAAAAUACAUCCSUCCCUACCUUGUAUGCCUACCCAGUAUCGAAGGCUUGGCUUGACAAUCUCAGAAUGUCAUUCAACUUUUUGGUGUUUUAUAAUGCCUCUAUCCAUUCAUCAAAUGGCCACUGCACAGUUUGGAUUGAUUGAUUUUAUUUGUUAGUUUAAAAACAUUCAUAUAUCCACACGGUACAAAGAUUUUUAAAAGUGACCAGGAUUGCACAAUAAAAUCGGGGACUUA